AUGGGGGCCGUGUUGGGUCGGGCGGCGCGGCUCGGGCUCCCCGCGGCGCGGGCGGCGGCGGUCCCGGCCAGCGGCGGCGGGCGGCGGCUGGGCUGGCUGUGCGGCGCCGGGGCGGGCCCGCUGCUGCCGCUGCUGGCGGCGCUGCCCCGCGGGCCGGCCCGCCCGCCUCACUUCCUGCGCGCCGGGGCGGGGCGCGCGUCCUGGGGCCGCCGCGCCGAGACCGGCCCCGCCGCUGGCAGUGGUAGCAGCGCUGCCGCCGCGCAGCUGCCCGGGGAGCAGCCGGCAGCCAUGCCCGCCGCCGAGCCCGAGCACAGCCCCGCCGAGCCCCAGGCGCCCGCCGCCGCGGAGUCGGUGCGGCGCGGCCGCCGGAGGAAGGUCAAGGAGGAGACGCCGGGGAAGAAGGUGAAGCAGCAGGUGAAGGCGAAGCGGCGCGGUAAGGCCGAGGCCGAGCAGGCGCAGCCCGAGGAGAGCGGGCUGGGGGAUGACGACUUCGAGCCUCCCGUGCCCAAGAAGACGAAAAAAGUCAAGGAGAAGAAGAACGGCUUGGUAGGAGAGAGCGACGCGUCCCAGCAGGCGGUGAAAUCUGCCCCCGCUGUGAGCGGCGGCGUGACAUCCCCGGCUGACCAAGAGCAGGACAGCGACGCCGAGGAGCUGACAGAAGAAGCAAAAGAAGGCGCCUUCUCUAAUUUCCCUCUCUCACAAAACACUAUCAGCCUUCUCACAGCCCGAGGUAUAAAAUACCUGUUCCCUGUGCAAGUGAAGACUUUCCAGCCCAUCUAUGAUGGCAAAGAUGUGAUUGCUCAGGCUCGGACAGGAACUGGGAAAACCCUUUCCUUUGCCCUUCCCCUGAUUGAGAAACUCCAGAGUGUCUCACAGGAUGGGAGGAGAGGCCGUGCCCCAAAGGUGCUGGUUCUUGUUCCAACCAGGGAACUGGCCAUUCAGGUAGCCAAAGACUUCAAGAAUUUCACAAAGAAGCUGUCGAUUGCUUGUUUUUAUGGAGGAGCUCCAUACAAAGAGCAGCUUGAUGUCCUUAGAAGUGGCAUUGAUAUUCUGGUGGGAACUCCUGGCAGGAUCAAAGACCACGUUCAGAACAGCAAGCUGGAACUCUCCAGUGUGAAGCACGUUGUUUUGGAUGAGGUGGAUCAUAUGUUGGACAUGGGCUUUGCUGAACAAGUGGAAGAGAUCUUGGGAUCAUCCUAUAAGAAAGGCUCCGAGAACAACCCGCAGACGCUGCUGUUCUCUGCAACCUGCCCACGGUGGGUGUAUGAUGUAGCGAAAAAAUACAUGAGAGCUGAGUAUGAACAGAUCGACCUGGUGGGAAAGAGGACUCAGAGGACAGCCACAACUGUGGAACACUUGGCCAUACAGUGCCGCUCCUCUCAGAGGGCAGGAGUUCUGGGGGACAUCAUCCAGGUCUACAGUGGCACCCAUGGGAGGACCAUUGUCUUCUGUGAGACCAAAAAGGAAGCAAAUGAGCUGGCCAUGAAUGCUUCUCUCAAACAGGAUGCCCAGUCCCUGCAUGGUGACAUUCCACAGAAACAGAGGGAAAUCACAUUAAAAGGCUUCAGGAACGGUGUGUUUGAGGUGCUGAUUGCAACAAAUGUAGCUGCCCGUGGUUUGGAUAUUCCUGAGGUUGACCUUGUUAUACAGUGCUCACCACCAAAAGACGUGGAUUCGUACAUCCAUCGCUCUGGGCGCACGGGCCGGGCGGGCCGCACCGGCAUCUGCAUUUGCUUGUUUCAGAGGAGAGAAGAAGAUCUGCUGAAACAGGUGGAGCACAAAGCGGGUAUUACCUUCAAGCGUGUAGGUGUUCCCUCUGCUACAGAUGUAAUUAAAGCUUCAAGUAGUGAUGCCAAAAAGUUGCUGGAGGCUGUUCCUCCCUCUGCAGUGGACUACUUCAGAAAAUCAGCUCAAGAGCUGAUAGAUGAGAAGGGGGCAGUGGCUGCCCUGGCUGCAGCCCUGGCACACAUUUCUGGGGCAGCUCACAUCCAGCAGCGCUCCCUGCUCAACUCCACAGCUGGCUUUGUGACCAUGGUGCUGAAGUGCUCCAUAGAGAUGCACAGCAUGGGCUAUGCCUGGCGGGGGCUGAAGGAGCAGCUCGGCGAGGAGGUUGAUAACAAAGUGUCAGCCAUGCGUUUCCUCAAGGGGAAGAUGGGCGUGUGCUUUGAUAUCCCUGUGGAUGAGCUGAGUAAUAUACAGGAGCAGUGGAGGGACACGCGGCGCUGGCAGCUCUCGGUGGCCAGCGAGCUGCCCGAGCUGGAGGAAUAUCCCCAGGAGGCAGCACGAGGCUUCUCCAGGUUCGGGAACAGCAGGCAAGGAGACUUCAAGAGAAACAGCUGGUUCAAGAGUGGAAAUCGGGGACUUUAACAGAGCACUCGCUACAGAUAACGGGACUGAGCUGAAUUUUAUGAGGCAGUAAAAGCCUGUUAGACACUCCUCUUUGUCUUUAUUCCUUGAUAAAGCAGCCUGGUUUUGAGGAUGGCGAAAAAAUCACGUUUGCUGAAGUGA